AGGAGAUGUUACCACCUCUGGCAUUCCCUGCCUGUUACUAAUUUCUCCAUUAAAGCAUAGUCAGAUGACCAUGUUGGGUUUUCAUGGCGUGUUCAUCUCUAUUCUCUUGGCAAGCAUGAUUUCAGACAGCUGGAAUUAUGAAGCACUGGGUCCCGGCUGUCACCUGCAUCCCUUCAAUGUCACUAUUAAAAGUGACCGCCGGGGGACCUGUCGUGGCACUUUUGUGGUACAUGCUUGUGUGGGUUAUUGUGAAUCUAGUGCCUUCCCUUCCAAGUACUCUGUCCUUCUGGCCAGCAACUUCAAACACAACAUUACAUCUGUGUCUCAGUGCUGCACCAUUAGCAAAAUGCAAAAGGUUAAAGUUCGUUUACAGUGUGGCGGAUCCCGACGUGAAGACAUUGAAAUUUUCACUGCAAAAUCUUGUCAGUGUGAUAUGUGUAGACUUUCUAGAUACUGAAAAUAACAGAGCAUCUAUCUAAUGACAUAUUUGUUAAAACUAAAGCUUUGUUAUUUGGGAAAGUAAAUGAGAGUAAAAAAGAUCAAAACUUGGGAAGAUCAUGGUCACAGCACGUACGGUCAUGGAAAAGCAACUUAUGGAAGUGGAGGCACUUUUGAUGUUCUUAGAGAAUUUCUGUUGUAUGAAACGUUAAAAGAAAUAUUAGUUAUGCUUUUACAAUGGAAAUAUACAAAUGAUAAUUAACAUACUUGCAGUAUGCAAAAAUAACUGCUUAUAUUCUUCAAUUUGACAAUAACACUGAUUAUUUAUGAAUAAAUUAUGCAUAUAUUUAUGUUUUUAAUUUGAAGUGAUUAGAUUUAAAUUGAAAUGCACUGUUAAGUAGUAUACACACAGGAGGUUCCCAUUUCAAACUUGCACCUUACACUGUGUGUGGUAUUGGCUGAUUUUAGUUAUAUUCUUAUUAUAGCUAAUGCAAAGCAAUUGCUAAACAUUAUCAAACAAAAAAAAGAUAUCAAAUAAAUCACAUUCCCUGUGCUUGUGACCAAAUUUUAUGCACACCCUAAUAUUUAGCCAAGUGCAAUUUUCUGUGAAAAUGUAUAUGUCAGUCUUUUGAGUCUGUUUGUGUUGUUUUAUUAUUAUUUAAGCCUAAAAUUUAACUUGAUUUGGAAAAUAAAACAGUUUUUAAAUUG